UAUGGGGCGAGCUAGCCGAGACCCGGGAGCCCAAACUGGCUUGGCGGUCGUGGGCAAGUCAUCCCUAAGCCUCCGUUUCCUCCUCUGUAAAAUGUCGUCCCUACCUCCUGGAGGCUUGAGAAGAGGGAGCGAGACGGGCGUGGACCGUGUUGGAAACUCCCGGUCCCGUGCUGCUAACGGUGGCGCAAAGGCAGCGGAGUUGCUGGCCACCUCCGCAGGAGCGAUGGAAAAAGACAUCCUGAUGGGGGGGCGCAAUCCAGAGGGGCCAGCUCAGGAGGGUUCUUUAGUCAGUCAGUCUCCUUGACCCUAGCCGGAGUUCCGCAGAGACACUCCUGGCCCCUCCACCUGGGUGAUCUUGGGGCGGUGUCACUCUACCUCUUGGAGCCUCCGUGUCCUCUGUCGCAGGAGGGUGCGACUCUUCACCUCACUCAAAUCAGAUAAAAGGCUCAUGAAAGGACCUCAGAAGCUGUCAGAUGCCGCUGCGCACAUGUGCAGGGCACUCAUUUGGAUAGAAAUUAUUCACGCAGCGGAGGAGGAACACAAGGGAGUGCCUGCUCAGGGGGCCGGGGGUGGUGAGGAGAGGAGUCAACGCCAGCCCCUUCCUGAAGGGGCUGCCCUCUAAGCUGAGAGAGAUAAGCCCAGGCUGUAAAUAACUCCACAAGUGUCCAAGUGCCCGAGGAGAAACCACAGCGGGGUUCUGGGGGGCUAGAGGAAGGAAGCCCACCUAAUGGGGACGGAGAUUUAAGAUGUCGGGAAGCUUUCCCGGCGCUGUGCCCCUAGUGACUGAAGCACUGCCUGGGAUUCGAUGGUGCGGGCAGUGGAGAGGAGGGCGCUGUGAGCAGAGGGGCUCCCUCAGAGGGCAAGUCCAGGACCGGACAAGGGUCUGGAGUUCGGAGCCGGGGCAGGGAGCCUGCAGAUAAGACAGCAGGGGACAGGUUGUGGGGGCUGGGGAGGGCCCUGCAGAGGGUUUGCGAAUUAGUUGGAAGACAGAGGGAUAAUGGCUGUGCGGCCAGCAAACAGUCUGGAGGUCACUGGCCCUGCCCCUUCUGGGGCCAAGUUAUUGAUUAAUGGCUGAUUCAAGGUGGGGGGGACCAUGUCUUCCUGCCUUUCUUGUUUAUAAGAAGCCUGGUCUCAGUGGUCUCCUGACCCUGGGCACUAGCUCUUCCCAGCUGUCCCUGAGGAGUUCUGUGAGAAACCAGCCACCUUCCCUUUACAGUGGGGUACCCAGCACUCUUCCAGCUGGCAGGGUCCUCCAAUUCAUGAGUCCAAGCUCUCUCCUCCACGGCCACCAUUUUACAGAUAAGGAUACCAAGGUCCAGGGAAGGAGAAGGAUUGGCUGAAGGGCACCAGGAUCAAACUCCUUGCACCGGGCUUGGGUGGCAUUUGCCACCCCUGAGAGUGCUGUGGGGUCACUGCCAUCACCCCUGCUCCGCAGUGGGAACACAGAGGCCCCACAAAGGGCGUCACACUGGCAUGUGGUGGGGUGGACGGCUGGCUAAGCCUGACAUCCAUGUCCUCUGUCCCCAUGGCAGAGUUAGGCUGCCACAGAAAUUGGUACGACUCAUUGUGUGGCUUAAAGAAGCCCCUAGCCUCUUGGGGGAGAUGGACACAUAGAAAUACAAAGUGGACUAUGGCCUGUGUCCUAGCAGAGGGAGCACCCCAGCCCAGAGGAGGCGUGGUCAGUUCUACCUAAGGGAGGUGCCUGGGCCAGGAUUGGAAGGACAGAGAGGAUUUGGGUAGUCAGAGAUGGAAUGCAAAGCAGGUAUCCCAAGCAGGAGGCAUAGCACGAGCAAAAGCCUGGAGGCCAAACAGUGCAUGUGGGGAGACCUGGAGAGCCUGGAGGCCAAACAGUGCAUGUGGGGAGACCUGGAGAAACCAGGCACCACAAGAGCCUACUCCUAACUGCCCCAGAGGCUGCUCCGAGAGCUUGGUCAUUAAAUUCAGAUCAUACUGCACUCCAGCGAGAAGGCGAUAGUCUAGUAAGAGAGGUUAAAGGCUUGCUAGAGUUUAAGAUCAAGGAAGAAGAGGGAGAAGGGGUGGAGUUUAAGAAUAACAGUUUUCUGUGUGUACAUGUGUGUAUGUGCAUAUAUAGACAGGUGUGUAGGCCGUGUGGAUAUAGGUAUGUAUAUGUACACACAUGUCUACACACACAGCCUUCCUACAUGCGAGGCACUAUUCUAAGUGCUUUAUAUAUAUUGUUCCAUUUAAAUCUGCCAACUACCCCAUGAAGUGGGUGCUGCUAUUACCCCCAUUUCACAGAAGAGACAACAGAGGCAUGGGGGACUCUACCUAGCAGGGUGUCACAGCUCGGAGGUAGUGGAGGCAGGGUUUGAGUUAAGCUACCUGGCUCUGUGGCCUGUUGGGCACAGGGAGCCCCAGCACGGCUGGGAGCAGGGAUGUGCUCAGUGAACCUGGAAAGCCGGGGACUCACCCAGCAGCCUCCACUGACCUGAGCUCUGGAGAGUGAGCUGGAGAUGAAAGGGGCACUUGGCACAGGAACUGAAACCCAGUGUGGCUGAGUGGCCUGGAAUGCUCACCUGGGCAGCACCUGGGAUGCAGGCUGAGCUGGUGGGAUGGGGGCUAGGGAGAGGGGAUCGGAACCUGGCUGCCCAUGGAGGCACCUGCCCAGAAAUAACCUGGAGACUCUUCCCUCCUUACCUCCUCCCAGGCCGGGCACCGGAAGGCUCCCUGCCCCACAGGUAUUCGGGGUCCCAGGUCUGGGCUGUCCCUACUUCUUGGCUGCCCUGGAUAGGAGGAGAGUUCGAGGGGAGUCCCACCCUCCUGUGAACCACAGGGACAGGGGCGGCAGGGCGCUGUCCAAGACACCAGCGGCCCUGGCGCUGAACCAGACGCAACACUGCAAGCAGCUGGAGGGCCUGGUGUCUGCGCAGGUGCAGCUGUGCCGCAGCAACCUGCAGCUCAUGCACACGGUUGUGCACGCCGCCCGCGAGGUCAUGAAGGCCUGCCGCCGGGCCUUCGCCGACAUGCGCUGGAACUGCUCCUCCAUCGAGCUCGCCCCCAACUAUUUGCUUGACCUGGAGAGAGGGACCCGGGAGUCAGCCUUCGUGUAUGCUCUGUCGGCUGCCGCCAUCAGCCACACCAUCGCCCGGGCCUGCACCUCUGGCGACCUGCCCGGCUGCUCCUGCGGCCCUGUCCCAGGUGAGCCACCCGGGCCCGGGAACCGCUGGGGAGGAUGUGCGGACAACCUCAGCUACGGGCUCCUCAUGGGGGCCAAGUUUUCCGAUGCUCCUAUGAAGGUGAAAAAAACAGGAUCCCAAGCCAAUAAACUGAUGCGUCUACACAACAGUGAAGUGGGGAGACAGGCUCUGCGCGCCUCUUUGGAAAUGAAGUGUAAGUGCCAUGGGGUGUCUGGCUCCUGCUCCAUCCGCACCUGCUGGAAGGGGCUGCAGGAGCUGCAGGAUGUGGCUGCCGAUCUUAAGAUUCGAUACUUGUCCGCCACCAAGGUAGUGCACCGUCCCAUGGGCACCCGCAAGCACCUGGUGCCCAAGGACCUGGAUAUCCGGCCUGUGAAGGACUCGGAACUUAUCUAUCUGCAGAGCUCACCUGACUUCUGCAUGAAGAAUGAGAAGGUGGGCUCCCAUGGGACACAAGACAGGCAGUGCAACAAGACAUCCAACGGCAGUGACAGCUGCGACCUUAUGUGCUGCGGGCGUGGCUACAACCCCUACACAGACCGCGUGGUCGAGCGGUGCCACUGUAAGUACCACUGGUGCUGCUACGUCACCUGCCGCAGGUGUGAGCGCACUGUGGAGCGCUAUGUAUGCAAGUGAGGCCCUGCCCUCCACCCCACGCAGGAGUGAGGACUCUGCUCAAGGACCCACAGCAGCUGGGGCCAGGGGCCUGGAGAUGCCCCAUGGAUCUCUGCUUGUGAAUUCCAGAUGCCAGGCAUGGGAGGCGGCUUGUGCUCUGCCUUCACUUGGAAGCCACCAGGAACAGAAGGCCUGGCCACCCUGGAAGGAGGGCCGGGACAUCAAAGGAAACCAACAAGAUUAAAAAUAACUUGGCAGCCUGAGGCCCUGGAGUGCCCACAGGCUGGUCUAAAGAGCGGGGCCUGGGGUUUGAUGAGACUGUUACGGACUUGACCUUUCAGGGCCGCGGAGACCAGCCUCCUGGAGGGGGUCUGCCCACCUUCUUCAGAAUGUUCUGCGGGACCCCCUGGCCCACCCUGGGGUCUGAUCCUGUUGGGCCCGCCACAUGGAACCACUAGUUUGGGUUGUAAAUGUUUUCUUUGGUUUUUUGAUUUUUCUUCCUUUGGGAUGUGGAAGCUACAGAAAUAUUUAUAAAACACAGCUUUUUCUUU